GUCUCCCUCUUCCAUGCAUCGGAGCCUCACAACAAGUAGCCUAGCUAGACGUGCACUACUACCGCACUGAAGAGUUAAUGUGUUCGCGAAGUGCUCGUCGUGAGGCAGUCGCCAUUUUGAAACCCAAAUCGUUCACAGUACACCCGCCCUGAAACCUGGAACUAUGCCGCGGGGCCGGCCUCGCAAACUGAGGGAUAAAACCAACGACGGAACAGAGGGUAUAUCUGGAGCCAAGCAGGACUACAGCCAUGGGGAUUCCAAGGACAACAAGUGCACUGUCUGCUCUCAGAGCUUCACUACUGAGAGCCAGCUACAGAGGCACCAGCGCGACCAUGAGGCUAACGACAAGCCUCACCGGUGCGACCAGUGUGCCCAGACGUUUAACGUGGAGUUCAACCUCACGCUCCACAAGUCCACACACGCCACCUCCAGCCCCACCUGCCCGGUGUGCCACAAGAAGUUCUCCCGCGUGGCCAGUCUCAAGUCCCAUAUCAUGCUGCAUGAGAAGGAGGAGAAUCUGAUCUGUACAGAGUGUGGCGACGAGUUCAUUCUCCACAGUCAGCUCAUGCUGCAUCUGGAGGAGCACCGCAAAGAGCUGUCUGGGGCCAAGGUGUACACCUGCAAGACCUGCAGCAAGGAGUUCAAGAUGGCGGGCCAGCUCAAGGAGCACACCAAGACCCACAUCAAGAUGAGGCCACUCAGCUCGAAUUCCAGAAACUACAAGAAGAAUAUUGAUCGCAGUGGAUUUACCAACAGCUGUCAGCACUGUGGCAAGACGUUUAAAAAGCCCAGCCAGCUCGUUCGACACACACGAAUACACACAGGCGAACGGCCGUACAAGUGCAGCCACUGUAGCAAGGCCUUCAACCAGAAAGUGGUGCUACAGACCCAUAUGGUGAGGCACACAGGAGAGAAGCCCCACCUCUGCAUCUUUUGCCCCGCUUCCUUCUCGCAGAAGGGCAACCUGCACUCGCACGUCCAGAGAGUGCACUCUGAGCUUACGGGAGUACCACUGUUCCCGUGUAUGGACUGUAGCUGUGUGUUCAAAAAGCUGGGCAGUCUCAACGCCCACAUCAGCAAGAUGCACAUCUUGCUCAUAGAGGAAUCGGCCAACACACAGGAGGUGGAGGAGUCGGGUCAGGGCGUGGCGGGGUCAGAGGGCAGCGAGGUGGUGACUGACGUGAUCCAGCAGCUCCUAGAGCUGUCAGAGCAGGUGACAGGGGAGGGGACCCAGUCACAGCCCCAAGAACAGACCAUCACCAUGGAGACGGCCAUCAACCAGGACAUCCUACAGCAAGCCCUGGAGAACAGUGGGUUGAGCGUGGUUCAGUCCCAGACCAAUGGAGCGGCCAGACAGACUCAGAGCCAUGCCGCCGAGGGGGCUCUACCUGACAGUAAGAAGUUCCCAGUCCAGGACAAAACCGCCAAGAAGGAGAAGAAAAGUAUCUUCAAAAAACCUGUACAGAUGCCAGGCUCCAUCAGGGAGGAGAAUGGCGUGCGGUGGCACAGCUGCCCUUACUGCAGCAAGGAGUUCAAGAAGCCCAGCGACCUGGUGCGCCACGUCCGCAUCCACACACACGAGAAGCCCUUCAAGUGCAAGCAGUGCUUCCGCGCCUUUGCCGUCAAGAGCACCCUCACUGCACACAUGAAGACGCACACAGGCGUCAAGGCCUUCGAGUGCCAGUGCUGCAUGAAGUGCUUCUCCACGUCAGGCAGCAGGAAGGUCCACAUGCGCCUACAUACAGGUGUGCGUCCGUUCCCGUGCCCUCACUGUGACAAGAUCUUCCGUACGUCGGGCCACAGAAAAACACACAUCGCCUCCCACUUCAAGAGCCUGCAGCAGAAGAAGCACAAGUUCCCACGCAAAAUCCACAAAACCAAGGUGUCCAAGAGCAACCUACCUCUGCCUGAUAUCCCCCUGCAAGAGCCCAUACUCAUCACGGACCUCGGCCUCAUCCAGUCCCAGAACCCUCGCCUGGCCUUUCAGGCGUACCUGGAGAUGGUGGACAAUGAUCGGCCGUACAAGUGUCCCUGCUGUAACAAGGCCUAUAAGAAAUCCAGCCACCUCAAGCAGCACGUUAGGUCUCACACGGGAGAGAGGCCGUACAAGUGUGUCCAGUGCAGUAAGGGCUUUGCCUCCUCGGGGGUGCUGAAGGCCCACAUCCGGACCCACUCGGGCCUCAAGGCCUACAAGUGCCUGAUUUGUGACACCACAUUCACCACUAGCGGCAGCCUGCGCCGCCAUAUGACCACCCACAGCGACAUGCGGCCCUACAUGUGCCCUUACUGCCAGAAGACCUUCAAGUCCUCACCCAACUGCAGGAAGCACAUGAAGACCCACAGGUAUGAGUUGGCCCAGCAGCUCCACCAACAGCAGAACCCGGAGCCCUCGCCACUGGACGACCCCAUGGACGGCACCACCGUGACCCACGACCUGCAGGUGGAGCUGGAGGACGGCACCCUACAGCAGGAGGCUCCUCCCACGGUGGGCUCGGAGCAGCAGGGCAUGCUGGGACUGGGCCAGGCGCAAGUGGUGGAUGGCGGCCAACAGGUGUCGCUGGAGACCCAGCUGAGUGACCAGCCCCUGGGACAGGAAGAGGACACCUUUGUGACUACCCAGCAUGCUCUGCCUCAGAAUAUUAGCCAGUUUGAGACACAGACACUCCCGCAGCCUGGCUUUGACCAGCAAGCACUUACUCAAGGUUUCACCAUCACCGCAGAGGGCUAUGCCCAGGCCCAGUUCUCCACGGUGCAGCAGCUACAGGACUCCAGCACCCUGGAGUCUCAGGCCCUGUCCUCCAGCUACCACCCUCAGAACCUGCUCCAUGUGCCCAGCCAAGAGACGAGUGGCCUGCUCCAGGAGACUAGCCAAGGAGACCUCAAUCUGUCUGACCAGACGCAAGACUACCAGGACCCAGAAGACAGCGAGGACAACAGCAAGAGGGCUUACAGGUGCACCAUGUGUAAUAAACCUUUUAAGAAGUCCAGCCAUCUGAAGCAACACGUGCGCUCCCACACCGGGGAGAAACCCUACUGCUGCAACAUUUGUGGCCGAUGCUUUGUCUCAGCAGGGGUCCUCAAGUCCCACCUCAACACACACACAGGAGUGAAGGCCUAUAAGUGUAACAUGUGUGACACUUCCUUCACCACCAACGGCAGUCUGAACCGCCACAUGGUCGUCCACCUGAAGCCCUACAAGUGUCACAUGUGUGAGGACAGCUUCCGCAACAGCGUGCUGUAUAGGAAGCACUUGAAGAAGGAUCACGCCGAAGUGGACAGAGGGCUGGAGGAUGAGGACGGCGAGGAGGAAGAGGAGGGUGAGCAGACCGUGAUGAAGAGGAACCGGGCCAACAUCAUAACCUUCACGGAGGAGCAGGCGGAGGAGCUGGCCAAGAAUGACCCUGGUGACGAGGCGUCGGUGUCGGAGAAGGUGCUGGCCCAGUCGGCGGCGGAGCGCGACCGCAUCAGCGAGAUCAAGGACAAGGCGGUGGAGCUGGAGACUGAGCCCAAGUUCGCCAACUGCUGUAACUUCUGCCCCAAGAGCUUCAAGAAGCCCAGCGACCUCGUCAGACAUAUCCGGAUCCACACAGGAGAGCGUCCUUACAAGUGUGACAAGUGUGGGAAGAACUUCACAGUGAAGUCCACCCUGGACUGCCACAUAAAGACCCACACAGGUCAGAAGCUGUUCAGCUGUCACAUGUGCAACACGUCUUUUUCCACCAAAGGGAGUCUGAAAGUCCACAUGCGUCUCCACACGGGCUCCAAGCCCUUCAAAUGCCCCUUCUGCGAGCUCCGCUUCCGCACCUCAGGCCACCGCAAGACCCACAUCCAGUGUCACUACCGGCCCAGCUCAGAGGGUCGGAAGGCCAAGCGAGCGGCAUCAUCAAGAAGUAACCAGAACCAGCAGCAGCACCCAGCUCACCCAGAGACCCUGCACCCUGUGGGCCUGCUCCAGGCUACUACCACAGACCAUAACAUUUACCUCCCAGCCAACCAGGUCCUCACAGGCCAGUUUGACCAGAACCUGGUGCAGCAAGGCCUGGUGGGCCAGGCUAUCCUGCCUACCUCCAUGUCAGCGGGUGGUGACCUGACAGUGUCUCUGUCGGAGGGUCUGGCUACUCUGGAGGGCAUCCACCUCCAGCUUACCUCUGCCAACCUAGUGUGUCCCAACGUCCAGAUCUCUGGCAUCGACACCAGCAACAUCAACAACAUCACACUGCAGAUUGACCCAGCCAUCCUCCAGCAGGGAGGUCUCCUCUCCCACGCCCUGACAGGAGACGGAGGCCUGACUAGCCACCCUGGUUCCCACCUCAUGGCCACGGGAGACCACUUGGCUCCCGGCUCCAAUGUGGUCCUGCACCCGCUCACCAGCCUGGCCCUGCAGCCCUCCGCCAUCGGCCCCGGCCACGUCACCAUGGGCAGCCUUGGCGAGCACGACAACACAGGCUCUCAUCAGGACCUGAGCCAUGUGAUGAGUGCUCCAGGCAUGGUGUCCAGUGGGGCUCAUGGUGCCCAGGAGAUCACCCUGACCAUCAACAACUCCAGCCUCACCCAGGCUCUAGCUCAGGCUCAGGCCCAGGCCAAUGCUGCUGCUGGGGGCAACACUGCUGCAGGCAACCACCCCCAGGAGAUCACACUUACCAUAUCAGGUCAAGACCUCCUCCAGCAGCAUGGCGCCCCUGGUGGCGGAGAGAUGAUUGGCGGGAUCAGGCUGGCAUCCCACCAAACCACAGGUGCCACCCUCACCAUGGGAAAUGACCACCUCCUACCUCAGAGCAACGCGGGCCUGACUGUCACCAGCCUGCCGUCUAGCACCUCCCUAUCGCAGACGGCUGGCUCCCAGAGCCUGGUGAUGUCGUCAUCGAGCAUGGCCAGCGACGGCAGCGUGACUCUCACACUGGAGGACACACAGGGUAUCCUGGACGCUCAACCUCAAUUCACGCUCAACUUCAACGCACAGAGUCAGCAGUACCAAACUAUGCUCAGUGACCAGGAUCUCUCAGGACAACAGGCCGGCUCCACCCAGCAGGUCAUACUGGUCAGUCACCACCCCCAGGCCACCGAGGGACAGCCCAACAAUAUUUACAGGCUGUCAGAGGAGGGCCAGGCGGUGGAGAAGGAGGACCAGGGGGAGAACCAGAAGCAGAACCAGUGUUUCUACUGCGAUCAGGUGUGUCAGAGCGCCAACACGCUGCGACGCCACUGCAGGCAGGCCCACGGCAAGGAGCGCUGCCACGUCUGCAGAGUGUGUGGCAAGGCCUUCAAAAGAGCUACUCACUUAAAGGAGCACGAGCGUGUCCACCAGCGAGGACCCUCACUGGGCUCCCAAAGGCCCAAGUUCUUCAAAUGCUCCUCCUGUGACAAAGCCUUCGCCAAGCCCAGCCAACUAGAGAGACACAACCGCACGCACACAGGUGAGCGUCCCUUUAAGUGUUCCCAGUGUGACAAGGCCUUCAACCAAAAGAGUGCCCUGCAGGUACACACGGUCAAGCACACAGGGGAGAAGCCCUACAAGUGUGAGAUAUGCAGCAUCAGCUUCACACAGAAGAGCAACAUGAAGCUGCACAUGAAGAGGUCGCACGGCUACGGUCCCGAUCGGACCCAGGAGGUGACGUUGGAGCAGGGGACAGAGACGGAAGUGGAUGUCCCUCCCGAGCUGAAUGACAUGGAAGAGGUUGUCCAGGAGUCUUCUGGAGACUGGCACUGUGGUAUUCCCAACGUUUUCCCUUAGCUCCCAACUCAGAAUUGAAUUGACCAUCCCAGUUUAUCCCAGCAUAGACUCUUUACUAGGCGUCUGUGCACUGAUGAUACAAAGCACUGAUUUUACCACUAAGUAGGUGUGGAAAAACCUACCCCUCAGAUCAACCCCCUCCUUUCCUCACCUCUUUUUAAUUGAGUUGGACAUUUCUGCACUUUUUCUAAAGCAUAUCCAAGGUGAUGUUGCCACGCACAUGCUGAAAACUGAAAGUGUGUGCGGCCAUACCUACACGCAUUAGGUCUUAGCAGCAGCUAUUUCUGCCUGUUUCUCUUGUCCUCAGAUAUGCAUUAAAGGGACAAUCUGUGAUUGCUACAUCAAUGUUUUUUUUUUUACUUUUAAAUUCAUGAUAUAUACCCAUCGAUUAUUGAAGAGUAUAACUUAAAAAAUGCCCCAUGAGCUUAGUUCAGCUUGUUCCUCUUUUUUUGUAAAAAAAAAAGCAAUUGUAAACAAACAUUUUAUCGCCUCAAACAUGGUUAAAUCUAUCCUUUUGAUAUCAUGGAUAUCAUAGGUCGGUCUUAUGAAUUUGGUUACAUUUCUCCAGCCCCAUCCCUCAGCUAUUUACCAAAUCAGUGGCGGGUUGCCCACUUUUAUUAUUGUUUGAACUGCAGAUUGUCCCUUUAAAGGCAGAGAACUGGUUCCUCCAUUGACUAAAUUGCUGAAUCAACCUGCGCUCUGAUUCUCAUUAGUAUGAGUCCCUUACGAGACGUUUUAGGCAAUAAGCUGUUUAGUAACCAGACGCUGACCUCCCAGUACAGUUCACCAGUCGGGGCUGUAGCUAGCUGAGGUAGGCUACCGGCGGUUGGUUCCUCGACUGUACUCUGUUUGCCAAUAAGAGGGGCGAACACUAUAGAUCUGCAUGGCUGCACUGUCAAUCCUGCGGUACUGGUUCACAUCACCCUGUAGAGUAGAAUAACCACUCACCUGCCCCAUCCAGAAACAGCACCCCUGUAGAUCCGCGGUGCAUAAGUCAGCAGUAGUCAGUCACAAACUGCUCCGUAUGACCUAUUACGGACUGGACUAGGUAUAAGCAAUAGUGUAAGAACUCCACCUUGCCCUCUGAAAGUCUGGAUGAAAGGUUUGCCUUAUUGCUUAUUCCUAUCCAAUCAUUUCAGAUCUACACAAGUGUAUAACGGGCUGGGGCAGGGUCUAGGCGUUGUUUCUAGACGGGGAAGUCAAUCUCUCCCGUGCUCCCGGGGCUGCUCCACACACUGCGAACAGGCCCACUCUUAACUGUUUGACAACUUGAGCUGUGCUUUAACAGGCAUUUAACACAUUGGAGUGAUCUAUGUGCAGUUUACCAGAAAAGUACUUUUCUUUUUAAAGUCACAUAUUUUUGCAUAUUUAUGCUAUACACUUUUCUAAAAGGCAAGCUAAACAUUUUGUUUUUGAUUAAUUAGUUGUAAAAAAUAUACAUAUAUUUUUGCCAUAAAGUUGAAGGUAGCCUUGAAUGGUGAGACUAUAAAGUGCUAAGAUAUGGUCAUAUGGUUCAGACCUGGGUUCAAAUACGCUACUAUUUGAAAUCAUUCACUUUAGUCUCCCUAGAGUUCCAGAUGGGUGGGUUUGCAGAUGACUACUCUAUAGGUUUCAUUGUGCCAGGCAAGCUCGAUCAAGCCCAGAUCAAGUAUAAUGAUUUCGAAGAGUAUUUGAACCUUGGUCUGGUGAGGAUUUGAUCCCUCUCUUCUGAAACGUUAUGCCUGUACAUUUGACGAUGAUGACGAUGGCCUGUGAUACCACUGUUAUUGGCUGCUGUAUAAGGGCUUCAGGGGUUGACUCUACGUUCACAAGGUGUUGCAUGAAAUUGUAAUUUAGUUGUAAGCUUAUGCACAGCCAUUUUGUAAUCUGAUAUUUAAUUUUGCAAUGUAAAUAGUGUAUGAUUGCAUAUAUUUUUGGAUUCCUUAUCAAAUUGGUUGUGAACAAGAGUUCAUUUUUUUUUGUCAAUUGCUGAACCAGUUUAGACUAUAAGCUGUUAAGUGUUUUUUUUUUGUUUUUUUUGGCAGGAAUGUAUUUUGUAAUGUUGAAAAGUAUUUAAUUAAUAAAACCAGUCAUUUUUUACAGAUUUAAUGUGUGACAAUUGUUUUAGAAAUCAUGUGUGAAGUUGAUUGCAUUUUGUCUGUUUUUGAUUUUCUGUGAUACCUGAAGAUCUCGGUAUGUCUCUGCAUCAAAACCUUGUAUCUAGAAAAGGCAAGUGUUUAGUGAUUGAAAAAUCCAUUGCCACAUAGUCAAAAUCCAUUUUUGUCCCUCUAUCUUUCAUUAGUCCCAGAGUUAAACUUUCGCAGCAUAUGGAAAAAGCUUGACCACUUUCAACUUCUAUAAAAACAAAUGUCUCUUCCCCCACAUUGAGGCAUUAUUAAAUUCCUCUCCUUGAUUAUGCAAUUAUUGAGCAAACACAAUUACUAUUGGAACCAGGAAUGAGAUGCGGCUCUGGCAUGAGUCUGCUUCAAACGACACAAUGACCUGACCGAAACAAAGAUGGAUUCCGCAACAGAGUUGAAUAUUUCAUCACUUCUUGUACCCUACACCUGCAAGUUACUGCAUGUGUGUACACUACUUUUUAAACUUCUAUCAAACAACACAACCAGAGACCCAUAACGAUUUAAUGAUUUUUAAUUCCUUUAUUUAUUUUUUUCCAAGUUAAGUGGCUGGUCGUACAUCUUUUUUAUUACCGAUACAACAAUGAGAGUCUCAAGAGUUUCAUUUACAUUCAUUCACAGGACCCAUACAAAAACGAGCGCGCGCACAUUUAGACAUGGGGGAGGGGUGACGGGGGGGCAGGCAGAGUAUACUACAGAUUACACACGUUUUGUUUUUAAACAAAUGGAGGAAAGACUGGUGUGAGGAUAUUGGACAGUACAGUGGCAGUAAUAAGCAGUUUAUGCAACUCAUCGCUCGUACCUUGGUCACCAAACUCCACGCCCUCUAUAUCCAUCUUCAUCUUUUUUUUAAUAACAUUUAUGCUUUUACACAGUUAAGUAAGGAGCACCUUUAUGACAGUGUUGGUAUUUUAAUAUCCACAUAGAGUAAACACGGCACAUUGUUUUUGGCAGUCAGAAAUGGUAUUGCUUAGCUAGCUGUUUUGUGUUCAUAUUUUGUGCAGUGCUUCGAUAGAUAUAUAAAGCAAGAGAUACUUGAGACAGAAAAGACUACACUAAUGGGGGAAAGGGUCUGAAUCUGUCCUGGAAAUGCCAUGCUUGUAGCAGGUCCAGUGUGAGCUUGGUUUCAGAGCAGUCUGUCUGCUUUUCAACGGUCAAAACAGUGCACUUUAGACAAAUCUCCGUUAUAUCUGGAUGGGGAAACUCCCAAUACCAUACAUAUUAGUGUCUUAAUCAAUCUACAUGGACUGAAAAUCAAAUGAAAAUAACAUUAGAAAUGAUAACAUCAUCCAUUGAUUUCUACAAUUCAGUGGAUACUACAGACAGACUUUUAGUAGGUUAACAACUUUCAGUAGCUCGAUGUCAUUUUACCACCGAAGAUCCCUGCCAGCCAUAGACCCUAACGUAAAAACAUGGAAAGACAGCAACACUUAAGACAGGACACUUACACUGAGGAUACAGGAGGGUAGACAUACAAACACAUGACCAACUGGCCAUCACAACAACCCAUGCAAGCUGAGUAAGACAAUGCUUAGCUAUGAAUUCAUGUCAGGUUGUACAGAAAUGGGAGAGUGUGUGGGGUUUGGGGGGAAAUGACAAAGACAAGCAUGACAAGACAGAUAAUCACUUGUUUCUGAACCAGAACCAGACCUGGUCACACCUUCACAAGCGGUCAGGGCCAGGUCAGUUGGACCUAAGCUACUUCAGCCAGGUCUGGUCCAGUUAACCAGCCUUGUUAGACGACUCUAUACAGACAGA